AUGCCAGUUUCCGCACCAACCACCUCAUUAAGCCUGCGAGGACAUACCAGUGAUGUCGAAAAAUCCAAACGCCGUAGUUUGCUUCCCCAACCUGGCCAAUCCAAGUACAGUUCUCGCUCAUCUGAUUCCACAACAACUGUGGUUCCAGAAUCCAAUGUUCAGACCGCGAUUCCAGGUCGACUUCGUCCACGAUCAUUAUAUCAAAGCACACCAUCUGAACGAGCUGGGCAUGGCGACAAGCAACCAACAACGCGGUCAAUGCGCCCUCCAAGCCUGGUAAACAAAUCAUCCGAGUCGCAACCCGUUGGUCUGAACCGCACGCAAUCUCUGCGCCGGCCUGGCGUUGCAGUGAAAUCAUCUCAACCACCUGCGGCCACUUCUCACUCUCGAACACGGUCCACGAGCACUGUUCCAGCCCCUAGAACAGAUGCGACGAGACCUAGGACAUACGCGGAACGACCCAAAUCAUUAAUGACAGCGCCCAAUUUCAGUUCAAAAACCAACGGCGCCUCUACGGACGUAGCACCUGCUGUGACGAGGACGUCUGCCCGACUUGCCGGACUUACCCGCUCAGCAAGCACCAAAGCAGGGCCAAGUAGUGUUGCAGGUGCUGGGACGAUAUCAAAGUCCGAAGAUCGACGCCGCGAACCCGCAAACGAGGAACCAAGGAAGACCGCCCGACCCGCAUUCUCCACAUUGCAACAACAUUUCACUCCACGGAAGACAGGAAAAGCCCCAACCUCAACCUUCCUGCAUCCCGCGCCUGCCCCUGGACCCCAAACCCUCCCCCCGGAAAUCGUCAGCCUCCAAUCAGAACUCCUGCAGCUGCACCUCCUGCACGAAUCCUGUGCGCAAAUAAGCAAGAGCUGGGAACUCAGCGCAAAACGCUGUCUGCACAACAAAUUCGAAGAAGUAGCAAGCAUGUACCAAGCCAUGCUAGAAUACGAGCGCGCAGGCCAGGAGCAAAAUAACCUCCGAGCCCUACUCGAAUGGAGCGCUGCCACGUCCUCCGCCGGGCUGCCAGCACACAUGCAAAGCCUCUCCGGCCCACUUCACGACCUCCCCUCGCUCGUUGCUCCAGGUGGUCGCCUCCACCGCCUCGCAGCAGACUUCGAGCACUGGCUGUCGUGGGUUCAGGACGUGCGGUCCGCGCGAAAAUCUCCCCUCGGAAGUCCAAAUGCAUCCGUCUCGCUGGCUGGUCUGGGCGACGAGUGGACAGCGGAAGCCGCGGCUCUGGCACGCAAAUUGACGUCGUUUGCGCGCGACUUGGAGGGAUUGAUGACACCGCCGCCGGCGCCUGGGUCCAGCAUCGCGUGUAUCGUGCUCGCUUGCUCGGAGCUGUUGGACGGGCUGUUGGACGAGCUGCAGACUAUGCAGAAGAUUGAAGCGCAGGUGGUGGGAAGGGAGAAGAACUGGGUUGAGCAGCGGUUGCAGGGUAUUGCUAGGGGUGUUGGGGCUGAGUUCUUGGUUGGUGGAGACGUGGAUGUUGUGACGUGGCGCACGUAG